AUGCCGGCACCGUUGCCUGUGACAGGCAAAAAGCGGCCCUCUCGAGAGGCAGCAGACGAGGACGGCAUCGUCGCUGCCCCUGGCGUCUCGGCUGCCGGCGGGACGGAAUCGCCGUCACCCAGCGGCGAAAUCGGGAGGCUGGAGCACAUUGUGCUGUCAAGCACCUCCUGGAUCCAUCGCUUCAUGCUGCCGCGCCAAAUCAUGUCCCGCCUUGAUUUUGGGGAGCUCUGGCGGCUGCGCCCGAAAGAGCUGGGAACAGUGCAGAUCUACGGGCGCCACGUCAGCACCCCGCGCUACCACCGCAGCUACGGCCAUGACUACGCGUUCAGCGGCGUUGUGCUGGCGGCCCUGCCGCUGCCGGCCGCCCUGCGGCCGCUGGUGGAGUGGGCCAACUCGCUUGUACAGUACGGUGGGGCCUUGAACGGUGUGCUGGUCAACUGGUAUGAGUCGGGGGAGCACUACAUUGGUGCCCACUCUGAUGACGAGAAGCAGCUGGUGGUGGGCUCCCCCAUCUUGUCUGUCAGCCUCGGGGCUACGAGGAAGUUUAGGGUGCGGGACAGGGGGCCCGGCAAGGCGGUACGGCACAACAUCGACCUGAAGCAUGGCACGUGCCUUGUGAUGGGCGGCGACAUGCAGAAGCAGUUCACGCACGAGGUGCCCAAGAUCAGCGGGGCCAAGGGCCGGGCAGUCGGACGCCGCAUCAACAUCACAAUGCGCGCCUUUGCCGAUAACGCGGCGGUUGGCGGCAGCGCCAAGAAGCGGCGCGCGGCCCCGGCGCCGUGA